AAGGUCUUUUUGUCUACAAGAUGAAGGGAGUAGUCAUUAUUCUGCUGAUCACGUGUCUGGUUCUUGUUUCCUGUUAUGAAUACCCUAACCACAAUGGAAAAGAUAAUGGCGGCAAAAGUAAUGAAGACAGUGGAGGUGAUGACAGCGGCUGCGUUGGAGAUGAUAAUGGCUAUAACGGUAACAAUCACAAUGGUGGCAACCACAACGGUGGCAAUCACAACGGUGGCAACCAUAAUGGUGGCAAUCACAAUGGUGGCAAUCACAACGGUAACAAUCACAACGGUGGCAAUCGCAAUGGUGGCAACCACAAUGGUGGCAACCACAAUGGUGGCAAUUACAACGGUGGCAACCACAAUGGUGGCAAUUACAACGGUGGCAAUCAUGGUAAGCAUAAUGGAGGAACAAAACGAUAGUGGCAAAGGACAAGGACAACGAACAUAACAAAGACUAUUGAUUUACUAUGAACAGUGAAACAAAGUAUUUGAUAUUUUGUAGCAAAUGUCUGGAUAUUGGUAAUGCGUUAACAAGGGACUGAUCCUUACUUUAUGACGCUUUCAUAAUCAUUUUUAUCCACUUUUC